AUGGGGGUUGAUUCGGUUACUGGUACAGGCUUGUCGUUGAUCGCUGUUGUGUCGGGGAAUGGUGUGAGAUCCCCGUCUAUGUGCUCCCUAGUAGGAACGGAAAGAACGUCGAGAUCUUCCACCGGAUCAGUAUCCAUCGCUGGAAACUCAUACUGCUUGGCCGGGUCUGUCAUCACGUCAUACGGAGUGACCAUCCUACCUGGCUCGAGUAAGUCUGUGGGAGGGGUGGCUUCAGUUGGCGGAUUCGCCUUGGCUGGUUGA